CCAUAUAAUUCAGGUGGCAUGUGGUGUCAGUUAUGGACACCCCACUGUGGUAUAAAUAGGAGUCUCUCCCUCCUAUGGAGAGACACAAUCCUCAGUAGGAACGCUGAGAUCCAAAUAGACACAGUGAGAGAAGAGACACUCAAAUAUCCAAACACACACACACACACACACACACACGUCUCUGCAUCUGUGCUUCCAUGCAGAAAAGACCCCAAGGGACCCAAAGCCAGCUGAGACUCAAAAACAAGAACCUGAGACUGUGCUAAUAACAUGGAGACAGAGCUGCAUGUUCCACCAGAUUCACCAAGAGCAUCCAUGCCAGAUGAGUUGUGUCAUCCUUAUUCCAACUUCUCAAAUUGGAAGUUUAAACUCUUUCGAGUUCGUUCUUUGGAGAAAGCCCCUCUGCCUGGUGAACCUCCUGUGGAAAAGGAGGUUGAGCAGAAGGUGCGUGAACCAGGGGAUGGCUUGAGUGUUCCUGGCAGCAUUAUGAAGCUCUGUCUAGGGGGCAAAAAUAAGGAGAAUGUGGAGGGUGCUGGCAGACAAGUGGAUCUCAAGCUUCAGGAGAUUGACACACACAUGAACCAUCUCAGGUCUUUAUGUCGCUUAUGUGGCAUACUACUAAGAAAAGCAAAAGGUCCAGAGCAUGAAGUUCAGGGAGACCUGGGUGAGUCUAGUAGACAUGCCUUGCGCAGGAUGGGCUGCAAGGCUUCUAGAUGGCCAGAUGUCAUCGAAAAGGUGUUUAAAGUAGAUGUGAGAGGAGACAUGGAAUCCAUCCACCCUCCCAUGUUCUGUCAUCGCUGCUGGACUGUAGCUAUGAGAGGAGGGGGAAUAUGUAGCUUCUCUAGAACAAGGGUCCCUAUAUGGAAGCCCCACAACUCACACUGUCUGCACUGCUACCCCAAGAGACACAUACUUCAGCGAAGAGGAAGGAAAAGAAAAAAGCCACUACACAGCCUUUCCAAAAGAGCAAAGAGAGAGACAUCUACAGGGUGCAAGAAAGUGUGGAGACAGACCACAGACAACCCACCAACAAUGGGCAUGAGAUCAUGGGUGAAGUCAGCUGCUCAGAGAAGCCUUUGGGUAAAGAAUAUAACUCAUUGCCAGAAAGACCACCUAACCUCCAACCUACUUCCAGGUGAUUUCCCGAAAGACUUUGUGAGUGCUAUUGUGUGCCAAGUGUGUGACCACCUAUUGUCUGACCCAGUCCAGUCUCCAUGCCGACAUCUCUUCUGCCGCACCUGCAUCCAAAAAUACAGCCAUGUCUUAGGUUCCCAGUGUCCAGCCUGUGGUGUCCUAUUUAACCCAUGUGACCUAAAUAGCCCUCACAAAGCCUUUCUGUCUAUUCUCCACUCUCUACCUCUGCUUUGCCCAAGAGAAGGUUGUGAGGAAUUGGUCAGAUUAGAGUCCUUUGCAGACCACUGUCUAAAUCACUGUUUUGAGAGAGACAGCAGGAAGGAACAAGAACAGCAGAACCUGGGUGGCUACUUGCCUGUAAAUAAAGGUGGUCGUCCUCGCCAGCACCUGCUCUCGUUGACACGCAGGGCACAGAAACACAGGCUGAGAGAGCUGAAGAAUCAUGUGAAGGUGUUUGCUGAUAAGGAGGAGGGUGGAGAUGUGAAGUCUGUGUGUUUGACAUUGUUCCUGCUGGCACUGAGAGCAGGAAAUGAACACAAACAGGCUGAUGAGCUGGAGGCCAUGAUGCAAGGCAGGGGUCUCAGUCUGCACCCAGCUGUGUGUUUGGCCAUACGGGUCAAUACCUUUCUUAGCUGUAGUCAGUACCACAAGAUGUACCGCACUGUCAAAGCUACUAGUGGACGGCAGAUCUUCCAGCCCUUGCACGCUCUUCGCAAUGCCGAAAAGGAGCUUCUUCCUGGCUUCCAUCAAUUUGAGUGGCAACCAGCUCUCAAAAAUGUUGCCAGAUCUUGCAACAUAGGGAUCAUUGAUGGACUUUCUGGGUGGACAGCCUCUGUAGAUGAUGUUCCCCCAGAUACUAUUACUAGAAGAUUUCGCUAUGAUGUAGCACUAGUGUCAGCUUUAAAGGACUUGGAGGAAGACAUCAUGGAUGGACUUAGAGAAAGAGGGUUGGAUGACAGCAAAUGCACCUCAGGUUUUACUGUGGUGAUUAAGGAGUCAUGUGAUGGCAUGGGAGAUGUCAGUGAGAAGCAUGGUGGAGGACCUGCGGUCCCUGAGAAGGCAGUGAGAUUUUCUUUUACAGUGAUGUCCAUCACUAUUCAAGCUGAAGGUGAAGAGGAAGCUGUCACCAUCUUCCAGGAGCAAAAGCCUAACUCUGAGCUUUCUUGCAGGCCUCUGUGCCUCAUGUUUGUGGAUGAGUCUGAUCACGAGAUGCUGACGGCCAUCUUGGGACCCGUAGUGGCAGAGCGUAAAGCUAUGAAAGAGAGUCGACUUAUUCUUUUUAUAGGUGGGCUUCAACGUUCCUUUCGCUUUUAUUUUAGGAGCACAGGUUACGAUGAAAAAAUGGUGAGAGACAUGGAAGGUUUGGAGGCUUCGGGCUCUACUUACAUCUGCACCCUGUGUGACUCCACACGAGCUGAAGCCUCUCAGAACAUGGUGCUUCACUCCAUUACUAGAAGUCAUGAUGAAAAUCUUGAGCGCUAUGAGAUAUGGAGGACUAACCCAUUUUCUGAGUCUGCAGAUGAACUGCGGGAUCGAGUCAAAGGUGUCUCAGCCAAGCCUUUCAUGGAGACGCAACCCACAUUAGAUGCUUUGCACUGUGACAUUGGCAAUGCUACUGAAUUUUACAAGAUCUUCCAGGAUGAGAUUGGUGAAGUGUACUUGAAAAGCAACCCAACUCGAGAAGAGCGCCGGCAAUGGAGGUCAGCCCUUGACAAGCAGCUUCGAAAGAACAUGAAAUUAAAACCAGUGAUGAGAAUGAAUGGGAACUACGCCCGGCGACUUAUGACCCGUGAGGCUGCCGAAGCAGUAUGUGAGCUGGUUCCUUCAGAGGACCGCCGUGAGGCUCUGAAAGAACUAAUGGAGCUCUACAUCCAGAUGAAACCUGUGUGGCGUUCUACUUGUCCAGCUCGAGAUUGUCCUGAUCAGCUUUGCCGCUAUAGCUUCAAUUCUCAACGUUUUGCAGAGCUCCUCUCCACCACAUUCAAAUAUCGCUAUGAUGGCAAGAUUACUAAUUACCUCCACAAGACUUUAGCCCAUGUACCUGAAAUUAUUGAGCGUGAUGGCUCUAUUGGUGCCUGGGCCAGCGAAGGAAAUGAAUCUGGGAACAAGCUUUUCCGGCGCUUCCGUAAGAUGAAUGCUAGGCAGUCUAAGGCAUUUGAAUUAGAAGACAUAUUAAAACACCACUGGUUGUACACAUCAAAGUAUCUGCAGAAGUUCAUGGAGGCUCAUAAGGACUCAGCAAAAGCACUGCAAGCCACCAUCAACCCAGAAGAAUGUCAAGAGUGCCCAGAUGACUUUGACAUAUCUCUUGAAAUAACAGACUUUUAAAAAACAUCUGAGUUUACUUUGAAUUUACUUGAAUAUACUUGGACAUUUGAUUGCUUUACUUUUCACACUUACACCCUUGAUAAGACAUAUUUUGAUAAGACAUAUAUUUUUUGAAGUUUCUUUCUUUUUUUCAGAAUUUAGAUUCUUGCUUAGAUAAAUAUAAACUCCAUAUUGAACUAGUUUUAUUUUUAACCUUUUUACGUUUUAUAUAUCUGUCUGCAGCCGUAACUUUAUGACAUUAGAUAAGAUUGGGGGAGAAUGGCUAUACUUUUUUGUUUCAGGUUUUGCAGAAAUCCCUUCCUUUCUAUCCUUGGCUGCUGGUGAAAUAUGGGCAGAUUUAUUGUAUUCCCAGGUUAUGACACGUUCCUGAAUUUAUAGAGAAGGAUUAUUUAUGGAAUCAAAUGAAAGCACUGUAAGCCACAAAAGGGGAAUUGCUUUAAAAGAGACCAUUUUUAUGAUCUCUUUAUUAAUUUAUCACAGGUGAGGGCAGAGACAAAAUGUAAUUAGAGAAACUAAAAACUGCUUCAGAUUCAGAAGAAAUAGUAGAAGACAAGACUGCCACCAUACACCAGAGCAUACUUGGGGAAAUAGCAGCAGGGCAUAGCAUAGUUUUGCACAUUCUGAGAGAAAUGCUAUUAUCUCAUCAUCAUUUUUACAUUUCUAGACUUUGCACAAGACUGAACAUUUUAUAUUUGUUUUAGUGAUUUUGCACCGGACCAUGCACCUCAUUAUCAUUUUAUUUUUACAUGUUACCUAUUCAGACUACUCAUGAUGUUAUUUGACAGUUCUAUUGUUUUAUUAACAUUUUGAUUAAUGUUUUUCAGAAUAACUGUCCAUGUAGGAUGGACUGUGAUUUAAUAGAGUGCUUAAUUAAUUUACUUUAUGUACUUUAUAUUUUAUUUGAUAUAUUGGUUAUAUUUGUUUACUCUGAAGUAUUUCAAAAGAAUUUUGUUGAUUUAUAAUAUUUCUUGAUUGAUACACUGAUUACAUGUGUGUAUUGGUAUGUUUAGUAUGUAUUGGUAAAUUUUAUUGAUUGAUUGAUUGAUACUUUUAUACCCAGCACAUUAUAACAGUUUUAAUUCUUGGAAACUAAAAGCAAAUAGAUUUUACAAUGUACCUGUUUAUUGUUAAUUUGUGAUGGUAUGCUAUUGGCAUUUUACAAUAUUUUAAUAUGUGAUGAUGUGCUGUAGAGUACCACAGGGCUGAGGGCCCCAAGAAUCAUUCUACCUCUACAAAUAGAACUUGUCUAUAGUGUUUGUGUUACAUUUGUACCUUUGUU